UCGCAUUCAAUGAAAUCAGGACUGGUACUCGAACAAACAGACGCGGAGAGUGAAAAUGUGUGAGAUGAGGGUUCGGUUCCUUCAUAAAACUAUAAAUCUCGUGAAAUAGAUUCGAGAAGAUUGAUGGCUCUUGUGUCAGUCGGAUUUUCAAUGAACCUUCCGCGGAUUCAUAGUCAAGCAUAAGUAUGUAUAUGUGCAAGAACCGCACUUGCUUGCGACAGCUUGCACGCCAAUCAGCCACGUGCGUGGCACGCGUCCAGAAUAACCCAGACUGUUACUGGUGACGACGGCGUGACCAGUUUUGCGUCGAGUCAGACGACGGACUCGUUGACUCGCAUGGGGCUACUUACCUUUCCCUUUGACUACCAUGUCGCUCAUGAUCGUACAUAACGCUUUCCUCUCACCCCAGCCUUGUGUGCACGGCCCUUUGAAUCGCUCUCACGACACUGUAACGACAAACCCUACAACGCAUGGUUCCAGCAGAAUGGAAGUUGGCCCCCCACAACACCCGAGUGCGGCCGGCUUUGUUCCAAGCUUACCGCAGCUGCUAGUGUAAUCCUUUGAGCUGAAUCCCCCCUUGUCAUUCCUGAGAGGCUUCGCGAUAGCAUGGCGAUGAGAUGAGGUUGUGACAGGGUUCCACCGUGAAUUGCUGAUUUCUUGGGAUCGAUGGCGAGCAGGGUAUUCCAUCGCAGUGCAGCCAGCGCACAUUGGGGCUUUUGUUAGGUUCACUCGCAGUGACAUGCUCCCAGCACGAGGCCAGUCUUCGUCCAGUCGAACGAACGGAACCGGUUCACCGGUGUCUUGGGCCUGUCACGCGAUUCUUCCACCUCCCCCAGUCCUGCGCCGGAACUUUUGCCCUCCGCACAGCACUUAUCAGCCGCGCCCGCUCUCCAUCUGCCCUGGCCAAGGCGAUGGUGGGAUAGCGGAUCGGCGCGCCUCAACUUGCCUGAUCAGGCGUGUCGUAUCAGGGCAUAGUGUUACUUGCCUGUCAAGUGUUCUGAUCGAAGAGUCGGCGAUGUCCUGUGACGAUCUAGUUCGUUUGUGCGCGCUUACACCUCCCGUUUGGUUGAUCUUGCCUCAUGGGAGGGCAUUAUAACUGUUGCUUGUUUGUUUACUCCGCGUUCUGGCCUCCUCCAUUCCGGUCCUAAUCGGGGUGCUCCAUUGACCUGUCCCACUUAUAUCACAACCGACCUCAUCCCUCCUGCUCCCUGAUCGCAGCAGUAUCAUAUCCUGUCCAUGCUCAGUCUCGGCCCCGGUUCAGCAUGCGACGUAUGCCUCGACUCUUUCACGUCGGGCGAGGGCAAGUCCCCAUCGUCAAUCCCAUGCGGCCAUGUCUUCUGCGUCGCGUGUCUGCGCCAGAUAGCGGCCCGGCCCGUGUGCCCGCUGUGCCGGUCGCCCUUCCAGCCGCGGCACAUCGUGCGGCUGCACGUCGACCUCGACAACGUGCGCAACUACGCAGCGGCGGACGGCACGGCCCUCGUGCCGGGAACCGAGUCCGAGGCGCGGCAGCUCCAGGAUCGGAUCAAUGCGGUGGCCCAGCGCGGCGCGUCGGAGGUGCAGACGACCGAGCUGUUGCAGGAGUGCCGGCGGUUCCUGGGAGGCGUGGACCUGAAAACGUUCCCGGAGCUUCGCACGUCGUACUGCAUGAUGAAGUACAUGUGUCACGUGAAGCGGAUGUAUCUCGAGCAGUCGGCUGUGGUCUCGCAGCACACCCUCCAGACCGACUUGAAGGACAAGGACAUCCAGAGCCUGAGGACCGCACUCGACCUGGCUCAGUCGAAGAGGGACGAGCACUCGAAGCUACUGGAAGAGACAGAACGUCAUGAGAAGCUGCUUGAUGCCCAAUGCAGCGAGCUUACCGAGCAAUUGGCGACGAUGGAAGCCGAGAUGAAAUUGUUGUCAGAGCAAAACGAGGCCGCUCAAGCCCAACUGCUUCUUGUGACCGACGAGCUCCAGCAGCUGCGCGCUGAGGUCGAGUUCUCGUCACCUGAGGGCGAGAGCCUCGCCGAGUUGCCGAUCGAAUCGAUGCCUCUUUCUCCGAUCACGGACUUGAAGCCGCCCACCGCGCCGGAUCUCGAGGAAGAAGAAGAGGACGAGCCGCCCGCUCCAUUCCUGUCGCCCUGGGCUGCUCUGAUCGAUUCGAAGACGGAGCCGCUGGAGCCGAUGCGAGUGUACUGUGGUGCUGCGGGGUGUCCGCAUUCGUGCAACUGCGUGCCGUUUCUGCUGUUCUCGCCCGGGUCGAGGGAGGCCGCUGCUGCGCGGGCUCUGGCGGAUUCGGCGGUCACGCCUCCCUUGCUCGGAUUCUCUCCUCCCAGCGGUCUUUCAUUGCACCUACAACAGCAAACGGACCGCUCGCGGUCCCAUUCGCGGCCUCGUAGCCGGUCGCUUUCCCGAGCUGCAUCGCCCGUGGCUGGUCCACUCAAGCAUCAUCAUCAUCAUCAUCCUUCUUCUUCUGCGCAACAGACCCAUAUGCGUGGUCGUCUCCAUGACAUCCUGCACGAUCCAUUUCCGACGUCAUCUUCUCUGCCCAAUAUGUCGCGGUCCCACUUUCUCCCCCCAUCGCCCCCCACGCCGCCCCAGCAGCCGCCGAAGAAGAAGGAGCGCACCGGCAAACAGAAGGAGCGGGAGUCUCUGCCCGAGCCGCUGCCGUUGUAUAGCCAGAGGCAAUCAAGUCCUGCGGUCGAGGCCCCGCCAAGGUAUCGAGUGUCGGGCAGUCCGCCGCAAGAUCGGAGGACAGCCACUCCUUCGGCAGUGACAACCCCUUAUGUUCAUCCGCCGAUGCUCUACAUCCAUCCUCCGAUGCUCCAUUCCGAUACGCGGCCGUUUGUGUCUGCGUCGGCGGCGGCGGCAGCAGCAGCAGCGGCGUCUUCUACCGCGAGUUCUCAAGCUUCGGCGUCCGUUUACAAGUCCGGGCUGUCCCAGACUGUGCCAUCAAAGUCUGCUUAUCCGCGGCCCCCGUUCAUGUACACUGCGCCCGUCGCGCCUGCGCCGCCGGUUUCUGCUGUCUACGCGUCCUCGAGUCUCCCGAAUAAGGCCCAGGCGCAGUCGCAGCCCAUCGGAUUCGAUCGAUCGAACACCACCACCCCCACCACCAGCACCAGCACCAGCACUCCUACUAGUACUCGCACGGACAAGUUGAGCAGGCGGGGAUCGAGCAAGCGCGUCCCGCCGCGCUCGUCGUCCUCUGCCUUGUUCGCGUCAUAA